GAAAUAAGCUCCUUUGUGAUAAUCACGAUUGUACAGUUCUCACGUUAGCCAUGUUACUACACAACAAUAGAAUGAACUGAUGCUGAGAUAGCUGCGGAGGUGUAAGGUGCUCUGUGGUGUUGCUUACUGUAUAUUGAUGGUCAUACGGAUCAACAAUGAGUGAUACAGAGAAAAACUACCCAGGACUUGAAAAGAAGGAAGGAGGGAAGAAGAAGGAUGGAAAGAAGGACAAGAAAGAGAAAGGUUAUGUCAUGUUUGAUGCAGAUGCUAGUGAUGAUGAUUUGAUGGCAGGGGAUGACACAAAAAGUCCAUCAAAGAUGAAAAAAGGAAAGGCUUUCAGGUUUGGUUCCAAGAAAGACAUUUUUCCAAAAGUCCGGGAUGAGAAGAAAGAAGGAAAGAAAGAAGAAAAAGAGAAACAUAAAGGAGAAAAGAAACCAAAACUGAAAGUGAAGAAAAAAUCUAAACAUCGGGAUAUACCUGCACACCCAGUUCCCGAGGCAAUAGAGAAGCCUGUGUUUGGAGUAGCUCUGAUGACAGCUAUAGAGAGGAAUAGAAGUCACGAUGGUGUACAGCUACCUGCACUGUUCCGAGAGUGCAUCGACUACAUCGAGGAACACGGUUUACAUUGUGAGGGUAUAUACAGAAUCUCUGGAGUGAAAUCUAAAGUUCAGCAUUUAAAGGACCUGUAUAACAGAGGACAACCAGUGUACCUGGAGGAACAUGAGCCAAACAUUGUAGCCGGCGUGCUGAAACAGUUCCUACGAGAACUUCCAGAACCAGUAUUAACUAAUGCUCGCAUUCCAAAAUUUGAGGAAGCAUCAACCAUUCGUAAUGAGCGGAGACGAAUAGAAAGUUUCCUUAAGCUGAUCAAUGAUUUACCGCAGUGUAACCGAUUACUGUUGUCAUGGAUGAUUGUACAUAUGACACACGUUAUAGAAAGGCAAAAAGAGAACAAGAUGACCUUACAGAAUGUGUCCAUUGUGUUAAGCCCUACCAUGCAGAUAAGUCACAGAGUGUUAAAUGUUCUCUUCUCACAUACCAAACAGUUGUUUAAAGACACAGUUAUAAAAAGGUAUGUCCCUCCACUGAAACCAGCCACAUCACGGUGGUCAUUAGAACUGCCAGACAACCCAGCAGCUAUACAAGAAGAGUUAUCUAAACAAGAAUCUCUCCUCAAUCAGCUGCAUGAAGAACUGGCUGCUGGUACAGGUGACCCAGAGAAGGAAGAACAGAUUUGGGAGGUACAGAGAGUCUGUACACAACUGAAACGGAAGAUAAAACUUGCACAGAAAAAUCAAGAUACACUAGAGAAACGGAAGAGGGAACGAGAUGAGGCAAGUAAACGUAACACGGUGAUGGAGGAGGGAGAUGAAGAAUUGAGACUGGAGUUGAGGGAGCCUCCGGAAUGUGAGGUGUUGAAUUUAGAGUUACGAAAACCACCAGAAGAGAUUGAACAAUCAGAAUCAGUUCAAGGUGAGAUAACUGCAGACAAAGAAGCUGCUAAAGACGCGCCAAAAGAUCAACCAGAAACAGUAGUCACUGAAACUGAAGCGAACACAUCAGAGAAAAUAAAGGAUGUCAGACAAAAAGAAUUGGCCAAUCAGAAAGUUCUUUUGAAAGAGUUAGCCAGUCAGAGUAAAGCCAAGAGGGAACAAAGUGUAGAAAAAGAACUGAAAGCUGAAACUAAAGAUGAUAUAUCUGAAGCAGUUGCAGAUAUCAAAAUUGAUGUUAAAGUUGAAACAAAUAUUGAAGGAGAGGAAACAGAAACAAAAUCUGCAGAGAAAGAAAAGGAAGAGACAGAAAUCACUGAAGAGAAAAAACCUGAGGUUAUAGAUCAAAGACCUGAAGAAAAGGCAGAACCUGUGGAAGUGGAAGUUGGAAAGACAGAAGAAAAUGUUGAUGUAACAGCAGAGACAGUUAAAGCAGGUCUUGAUGAGAAACAGGCAAUGAUGUUACAUGAGGAUACUACAGAUUCUGAGCUUGGACACUCACGAGAAAGUAUACAGAAAACCGAAUCUGAGUCUGAUGAGUUUGAACACAGUCUGGAAGAGAUUCUAGAGAGAGAUCUAAAUAUAGAAAGUGACAAGGAACUGACAGACCAAGAGGUUUUAGAGGAAAGUGGAGUGGCUGCAGAAAAGACAGAGGUAAACAUUGAAAUCACUAAAGAUGAGGAAGAACCUGUUGCCAUGGAAACAAAGACGCCUGUUCCCAUAGAAACUCCAGAAUCACCCCCAGCAACCACCCCAGUACCAGAACAGAUAGAAGAACCUCAAGAAAAGGUUCAGGAUAUUUCUGUGGACACAGUGAACGAGUCUGUAGCAGAACUUGAAAUCAGCGAAAUAUCAGAGGAUGAAUCAAUCAGUGAGGAGGAAUAUCAGAAACUUCUGGAGGAGGAAUACGCUCUCAAGCUAGAGGAGGAGGAACUACUUGCAAUAGAAAGUGAAUUAAGGAAGAAGAUUGAAACAGAGAGAUGUGAAUCAGAACGUCUACAACAAGAGAUAGAUGAGCUGCAGUACCUACGCCAGGAUAGUGACGAGGAAAUACUGAGUACAUCUUCAGACAGCAGUUAUGAGAGUGAGGAUGAGGAAGAUUUACAGGAGAUUCUCAAUCAGCUGAUCAAAGAAAAUGAGGCACUAGAGAGUGACAACUCGGAGCUGUGUUCCAACAUUCACAAAGAGAGGAUGAUCUGUCUAGCUGUGAAAGUACAGAUUGGUAUUUUACAACAAAAACAAGUACACAACCCGCCAACUAAUGAUACAUUCAUGGAAAAAGAAUCUCUUAUAGAGUUUGAUUGAGAGGAUCUGUACAAGUUUGAUUGAGAUCUGUACAUAGACUGCUUGAAAAUAUAAAUGCUUCCUUGGCUGUGUGGAGGAUGUAUAGCCCCACAAGCUGGGCCUCUUUCUUUACUAGUGCACUAUGCUAUCAUUGUUUUGUGAUGGUUUAAAUAAAACUAGACAAGUUGGAAAGUAAGGACACAAAUUACAAACACGAGCACACAAGCAGGACCUCACUUAACAAUAUGCUUUCGCUGUGUUGUGGAACUUUUGAUAAAACUAGACAGGUCAGAAAGCAAGGACUUAAUUACAAACACAGGAUGGAACUCAUUUACACUUUUUUCACUGUGUUGUGGAACUUUUGUAAAACUAGACAGGUUCAAAAGCAAGGACUUAAUUACCUACACUCCCUUACACUACGCUUUCACUGUUGUGUAACUUUAAAUUGGAAAGCAAGGACUUAAUUACAAACACAAUUACUUCUUUACACAUUUCUCUGUGUUGUGGAAGUUUUGUAAAACUAGACAGGUUGGAAAGCAAGAACUUUAUUACAAACACAAUUUAGAGCACACAUCUUUACACUGUGCUUUUCACUGUGUUGUGUAACUUGAAAUAACACACAUGUUAGAAAGUAAAGACUAAAUAACAUGUGAAGCAUAAAAUGCACAGAAUAGGUAUACCUCUUAAUUUUGUAUGAAAUAAGUAAUGGUGAGUGAUGAUUGGUUUAGAGAUAUAGUUUUUUCCUGAUGAAAAUUCUGCCAUGUGAUAUCAGCAAGAUAUUGUCAUGGACAAAUGCUCUUUCAGUUAGGGUGUGAACUCAAGAAUAUUUUCAACCACAAUUACCUUUAUACAGAUGUAUUGUGAUUGUGCUAUAUAUGUCAGUAUAACAUGAAGGCUUACAUGUAAAUUCAGUGGUUAUAUUUCUUUAUCACAAUGUGUACUUUGUAAGAGAGCUAGACAGUGGAACUGAUUAUGACUAAUAGUUCAGGCAGUUGUAUAUAGCAUUGCUGUUGUAAUGUUUGCUGGUUGUGUCACCAGCACAAAGACACAUUCCUGUAUAUAGUAUGUAUCAGAUGUUAGAAGUUUAAACUGUCUGUAAUUCAAACUAGAAAUGCAUUUUUGUCAGGAAAACUUUCAGAAUAAGUUCAGCAAAAUUAAGUGAAUUACCUUUUUCCUUAACAAUUUUUUCCUCGAUUUCUUGUGAAAUAUAAGACAAUACCCUUUAAUAUAAUACAUCUUUCUCACCAACUCCAUGAUAAGAACUUUUUGAAAUUUUGAAAUAUAUUCACUAGUUUUGAAUUUGAUGCCUAUUAUAUGUUUUUGAUAGGGUGUUUACUAUUGUGGAGAAUGUCAGGCAUUACUGUUAAUUGUCGCAAAUAAAGCAUUGGUCUAGAUGUUUCCAAUUUCAAAUGGGUUCCAGAUAGUAUUGUUUCUGUCAGGUAUUGAACAUGAUAACUUUUGAUAAUGUAAAAUACCUGUAGUAUGUUAAUGUAUUAUAAUAAUGUGUUAUAAUGGUUCACAUAUAGUGUAUUACCAUGUUAAAAUGUGCAAUAAAUUCACAAGUAUUUAA